AAUGUGUUUUAAGGUCACUGAGUUUUAUAUAGCUUUUAAAGAUUCAAUUUGACAUUGAUUUUAAUUUUUCAAAAUGAUGGAAGACAAGUCCCGGCGGUAUGAAAAAAUAGAAUUUUUAGGCGAAGGACAGUUUGCAACAGUCUACAAAGCAAAGGAUUUGAAAACUGGGAACAUUGUAGCAGUCAAAAAGAUUAAAGUUGGCACAAGAGCUGAAGCUGCUGAUGGAAUUAACAGAACUGCCUUAAGAGAAAUAAAAUUAUUACAGGAUCUUCAUCACAAACAUAUUAUAGGGCUGCAAGAUGUAUUUGGAUUGGGACAUCGGUCCAAUGUCAACUUGGUGUUUGACUUUAUGGAAACAGAUCUGGAGAUUAUCAUUAAGGACCAGAACAUUGUAAUGACUCCAGGCCAUGUCAAGUCGUACGUACUGCAGACUCUCCUGGGACUGGAAUAUCUUCACGUACAGUUUAUCCUGCACAGGGAUUUGAAGCCAAACAAUUUACUGAUCAAUGACCAGGGCAUCCUAAAGAUCGGAGAUUUUGGAUUGGCCAAAUUUUUUGGAUCACCAACAAGAGUGUACACACAUCAAGUGGUUACUAGGUGGUACAGGUGUCCAGAGCUUUUAUUUGGUGCGCGGCAGUAUGGGACGGGAGUAGAUAUAUGGGCCGUUGGAUGCAUUCUGGCAGAAUUACUUCUGAGAGUGCCAUUUUUACCCGGAGAGUCGGACUUGGAUCAGCUCAGUAAAAUAUUCAAAGCACUGGGUACACCCACAGAGAAAGACUGGCCGAAAAUCAAAUCAUUGCCCGACUUUCUCCAGUUUAAAUCCUUCCCUGCCAUUCCACUGAAGGAGAUAUUUAUAGCUGCCUCAGAUGAUCUCCUGGAAGUAUUGUCCGCGAUGCUGAAAAUGGACCCCUUACAGCGCUGCACGUCAACUCAGGCUCUACAGAUGGUGUACUUCAGUAACAAGCCGGGCCCUACCCCUGGUCCCCAGCUACCCCGCCCUGGCAGUAACAAAAUAGUCCCCCAGAAAGAGGAAAGCAUGUCACUGAAAAGGAAAAUACAAGAACAGGGAGGUGGACUUAUAAAAAAGCUGCAGUUUUAACAGGAUCUCUUGAAGAAUUGAAUGGAAUAAAGAACUUGUAUCUACAACUGAGAGAGACAUCUAUUUACAGACAGAUGAAAAACCAACCCAGUGUUUAUCAAAAGAGUUACAUGUGUACUUGUGAGCAGCAUUCAAUGGAAACAAUCUAGUCGCCCAACUGACCAUUUGCAGUCUUUCAUAUACACAUCUGAACUCAUGCAUCUUGUUCCAACUCAGGAUCUUGGAGAAACUGCCAAUAUUUGUAAAAGGCUCUAAGAAAAAGAAAUGUUACAUAACACGAUGCUGACAAAAUGAUCAAGGGGUGCUAUGAAACUGAGGAACACACGAUGUUUGAGUGCUUGCUGAACUGUAGUGGACAAAGUAAUGAAGUGUUUCUGAAGUAAUAAAGUGUUUGAUGAAUUGUAGUGGAUAAAGUGAUGAAGUUGACAGUGCUUGUUUGAAUGCUGAACUGUAUUGAUGUGAUGAAGUUGCAAGGUGUUUGUUUGUUUGUGUGUUUGCUGAACUGUAUUGGAUGAUGCAAGAAAGUUGACAGGUACUUGUCAGAAUGUUUGCAGAACCACAGUGGGAUGAUGUGAUGAACUUAACAGGUGCUUGUUUGAGCAUAGUGAAAAAUGUGAUGAAUUUCAAAUGUGUUUAUUUGCCAACUGUAGUGGAGGAAGAUAAUAGGUGCUUGUUAUGUUCCCCAAACGAAUGAUGUGUUAGGACUACCAGUCUAAGAUGAUGUGAUAGGACAAUGAUGAUGCUACGAAUAGCAGCGUGAUUUGUCUACCAACAUAUUGUUGUUAUGUUUAUUUUUAUGUACUAAUAAAGUAUAGAUUACAAUA